AUGGCGAAAUUUAACACGGGUAACAGCCCCACAGAGGAUGUUUCUGCUAACAGUCGACCCUUCAAAGUCCCAGGACAACAUAUCCAUACGGGAUUACAGUCGAGGAAAGCGGCACUUGAGAAAUUCGCAAAUCAAGGAAAUGCAGCUUCUUCUUCAGGACCCAGCACCUUUCACAAACCUGUUCAUCCUAAGCCCCCUCUGGGGGUCAAGCCUUCAGUUGAUGAUAAAACAGUGAAGGAUCUAAAGCCCCCAUAUUUGAAACCAGUGGCACACAGGUUUGGGGUUCAUCUUCAGGCAGCGAACAGAGAAAAUGAUGGAAAAACUGGAUGCAAUAAACCCCCCACCAAAACUGCCGACUUGGCAAAAGAAGAACCAAAUCCUCUGCAGCCAAAACCUGCAGGGAACAAGUUCCUUAAAUCUGCUCCUCAUGAAAAAGAAAAAAAUCCUCUGGGAACAAAGCCACUUUCAAAUUUUAUGCCACAAGACAGUGAGGCAAAACCAGCAUUUUCAAAAGCACCUGGAGUUACUGAAAAGUCCCUGUCUGCAACAAAAGAAAAUGAGCCUAAGCCUCCUUUCUCUAAACCACCUCUUGCACAGAAGCCUUCUCUAAACCAUGAGAUCUCCCACAUUGAAGACACUUCUAAUAAAAACAUUUUUCUGCAAAAAGGACUAUCAGGCCCUAGACCGAAUAUACACUCAUUUAAAGCAGCAAAGGAAGUGGAUGAAAAUAGUAAGUGUCCUGCAGAACCUGCAGUCAGUCACUUUUCUAAUGUGGCUCUGAAGCCUACUAGCCACUGGUCCAGCUCGUCUCAAGGGACCCCCAGAAACGUGGAGGAAAAGACUGAAGAAAAAGGAAUGAGUGCUGCCAAGAAUAUCUUUGUCAACAAAAGCAUCCAGGAAGAUUCUGGUUCUUCUAAGUUUCAGAAGACAAACACAGUGCUUGCUGCAGGAAGGCCAUCAGGUGUGUCACAAGAGAAAGAGGAUGGGGACAGGAGCUCAGGAACCCCCAAGAGGAAAGCCUUGCCCCCACUGUUCAAACUGGGCCAGCCCCCACAGAAGCCUAGCAGACCCCCCAGCGUGGACCUGCAAAGGUUCCAGAAGAGCAGCCCAAAAGACAGCCCUCAAAAUGAAAGUUUGAAACAGACAGCUCCUUCCUCGGGAGCACCCUCCCCGCCUGUACCUCCACCACACCCUGCUAUGCAGUUGCCACCUCCUCCACCAGCCUCUCACCCAUCCCUGCAGUCCUCAGCAGCUCCCAGCCUGCCUCCCAGAAACAUCAAGCCCAGCCCUGAAACAAUAAGUCCAGACAAUGAAGAAAAUUACGAUGAUGUUGAAUUUGUUUCACAGGGUAAGAUAGGUCACGGAAAUACGGAGGGGGGCCAAGAAAGUGAUGGAGAGAUGUAUGAAGACAUAAAUGACAUCAGAUCAUCAAGGGGAAAAGAGAAGAAGCGGGACAAGGACGAAAAGAGAAGAAUGGACCAAGAGAAGAAAGAACAAAAGGAAAAAGAAAAGAAAGAGCAGGAAAUAAGAAAGAAGUUCAAAUUAACAGGACCCAUCCAAGUCCUUCAUCAGGCACGAGUUUGUGCUGACCACAAGGGAGGGAAGAAUGAGCUGACUGUCAAACAGGGGGAUGAGAUUGAAAUCAUUCGCCUCACAGACAACCCAGAAGGAAAGUGGCUGGGCAGGAUAAAAGGAUGUUAUGGAUACAUUAAAACAACCAUUGUGGAGAUUGAUUAUGAUUCUUUAAGAAGAAAGCAACAACCAUCCACCAGAGCUGCUGUGAAACAUACAGAGAGUGACCAAGAAGUGUAUGAUGAUGUUGGAGAGCAGGACAGUAUUAGCAGUCAGAGUGGUGGUCAAAGUGGAGCUGGAAAGAUGUUCCCACCUCCUCCUUUUGAUCAAGAAAUUUAUGAUGGGAUUGAUGAUGAAGAUGCUGCAGCUAGGUCUGUAUCGCAGGAUGAAGAUAAGGAUGGUAUCUGGUCCUGGGGAAUCUUGAAGAGGCUAAAGGUCAAAGAUGACAAAAAGAAAAGUGUACGAGCAAAAACAGCUAAAGUCGAUGGGGCAGAAGAUAAUGGAGAUUUGUUCAUGCCUCCUUCAACAAAGCAGCUUGGAAAAGAUUGUGGAGACGAUGUUUACGACGAUGUAGAUUCUUCAGACUUCCCUCCUCCACCGCUCGAACUCAAUUCAUCAAAAUCAGCAAGCCUUGGAAAACGUAAAUCAGAUGAAAAAGAUGCACAAAAGCUUAAAAAGAUGGAAAAAGAAGAGAAAGAGUUCAGAAAAAAGUUCAAAUUUGAGGGUGAAAUUAAGGUUCUUUACUCUACCACGACAGUCCAGGAUUUGCCUCAGAGAAGAUGGGGACCUAAAGACUUACAAGUUAAACCAGGGGAGUCUCUUGAAAUUAUAGAAAGUACAGAUGAUACCAAGGUCCUGUGCAGGAAUGAAGAAGGAAAAUAUGGCUAUGUUCUGAGAAGCAAUUUAGUUGAGAAUGAUGGAGAGAUUUACGAUGAUAUUGGUGAUGAUUGCAUCUAUGAUAAUGACUGA